AUGAAGCGUCCCCGCCGGUGCGCUGUCCCUCCGCCGGCGACGGCCCAACAACGUCCUACGAGGAGGAGGACAGCUGACGAAGUGAUGCUGCUGCUGUUUGAGACGCCCUCUGGAUUUGCAGUUUUCAAUUUUUUUGCGACGCUCAUUGAACAACCAAAUGCCCUGGAGAAAAUAUGGACUGACUUCACUAAGAUUGAGAAGGCGAAAAAAGUUGUUUGGCUGAGACAGUUUCAAACUAUUCAGGACAGUUCUAGCGCCAUUAAUCAAAGAACUGGUGUUAAUGCAAGUCUUACUGAGAUGAUCAUGAAGUAUCAUUGCCCUGGCCAGAGGAUGGCUGUUGGAGAGCCUGGAUAUAAAAAAAUUAUUGAAGAAAGAUUGAAAAUAACCUGCGUGUAUGAUCCAACUGUGACGGAGUUAGUGUGGGGCAUACAGAUUCGUAUGAGACAGUUGGUGCCUAGAGAAAAGUCGUAUCUGAAUGAAUAUCUUCUGUUCCCGAUGAGUCAAGGACUACAAAAUAUCUUGAGUCGUUAUGAUUGUAAUUACGUCAACCGGGACAUGCUGAACGAGAGAAUUCUUAUUAUGGCUUACGCGUUGUUUGAAUGUGACUCAUUUGAGAACGAGAAGACUGGAGACUUGCACCAUGCAGCUUCUGUCAUUAAGGAUGUGUCUGGCAUCGACACUGAUGCUUGGGGCUUACUAAAAAUUGCAACAGCUGUGAAGAAGAUAUGGUGCCCUGAAGAAGCUAGCAAUUCUUGUGAGUUUUCAGAACACGAGGUAUCGAGGUUGUUCAAUGAUGCAGAUAAAUAUGAAGUUAAGCUGGAUAAGGAUGCUUGCUUGAAAGUCUCUAGACAAAUGAUAGCAGUUUUUCAUUUUCGGAAUGAUAAAAAAAUACUAUUGAAAAAAUAUGUUGCGCAAGCUCUGGAUGCAUAUGAAGCUGAAUAAGCGGAAGUGCCUGAGAAGUACAAGCUCGUUGCUUGAUGAUCGUGGUGCAGCUAUGUAAUUUUUUCUCUCCGAGAAGUUCAUACUAAGCUUGGUUGACUUUAUUAUGGAUCUUUCGCAAGCUAUUCUUAUCAGGCAUGGUCAAUAGUACUUUUCCCAGCAUUGUAUUGCUUGGCUAUUAACAAUACCGA